AUGGCAACUGGAGGCAGAGAAGAUACAACGGAUAAUGCAGCUGUACUUGAAUCAGAGGAGGAGCAGGUGCGUCAACAGACAGAAGAAAUAUUCCUAAAUUAUGCCUUUCACAUCACCCAGCUUAGAAGCGAAGAUGAGGAUUCCAGACCUCUUGUUAAUGAAAUUGAAGAUGUGAGACAAGUAAACAGCAAUUUAGACAAAGUGGGAUAUCAGCUAGCAUUGAUUGGAGAUGACUUGAAUAAGCGCUAUGAGGAAUAUUUUGAUGACAUUCUGAUGAACCUGAAUCCUAACUUGGACAACGCUUAUGACUACUUCCGAAAAAUUGCUUCCAGUGUUUUUGAAACUGGGGUGAAUUGGGGACGUGUUGUAGCACUCCUUGGCUUUGGAUAUCGAUUAGCUGUCUAUGUGUGGAAAAAUGGACGGCGCAAAUUUCUAAGAACGAUUGCUCAGUGGCUUGCUAGAUACCUGGUGGAAAGUAGAAUUUACCGAUGGAUUGAAGGACAAGGCGGAUGGGCUGCUGUACUUAAAUUGACAAAUAACAGUAUCCGAUACGUACUGAUGGCAUUGGGUGUUGUCCUUAUCUUUCAAUUUGUGAUUAAACGUUUGGGCUCAGGAUCCUGA